AAAAGAGAACGGAACUCAGCAAAACAAAGGGCUUGGUGGGACGGUCCGGAAUGUCGAUGCAGGGAAACGGCCGUCGAUUCGUCCUCAAGGCUCCGAGAAACAAACAAUAUUUGACCAAGGGAAGCUUCGAUAUUGGCGGUCCGGCUCCGAGAGAGAACAAAGAUACGGAAUCACAAUUGUGUUGUUGGUUGUGGUGGUUGCUACUUUGCAAUGCUGCGCGCUUCGCACCAGAUAAUCAAAUUGACCUCACAUCGCGUCUAUCUCGACAGUUUCGCAACAACCGCCGCACCACUGCCUAAGGUUACGCUUGUGAGUUGUCCGUGGUUCCCCAUGCCAGAGGCCGAGAACCAAUGGAUACUCCAACCUCCUGCGGAUGCCCUCAUCAACUCCACGAACAUGUUUGCACUGCCUACUGGAAACACCGACUACAUCACAGAGAAAUAG